AUGUCGGAAGCGGAACUUGAUCAAAAAAUUGAAACUGCACUUCGAAAUAGUAUCCUUGAGACAAAUGCUAAAAAUCGGUUAAAGAAUUUAUUAUUUAAGAGACUCAGCGAUAGUGGUUGGAAAAACAGGGUCAAAAAACGAUGUACAGAGAAUAUAAGGACUAAAGGAGUAAAUAAUAUCAAACUUGAUCAACUGGAGGAUGAAGUAUUAGCAUAUGAAAUUAUCCCGGAGGACGUCAAAAUAGAACUUUUACAACAAAUUUCUGACUUAUUAGACGAAACAAAAUAG